CACCGACCCCUGGCUUUGACUUGCUGUAACUUCAAGGACCUGUUGCACACUUACUCCUAGAGGCAGACUUUGAGGCGAAAUCACAGAUAGCGCCUCGCAACCCAGGAUGCUGGACACGUUCGAGAUUCUGACCACGUCGGGAGUGGUGCUUUGGUCUAGGACCUAUGCACCUGUCAGUCCGUCCGUGGUCAACAGCUUCAUCGCCGAUGUUUUCAUCGAGGAGAAGAGCGCUGUCGCCGGUACGAAGGACGGAGGGUCUGCCGCCAACAACCCGCCGUACAAGCAUGACCAGCACACGCUACGAUGGACGUUUGUAAAAGAACUCGGCAUCAUCUUCGUGGCAGUCUACCGCUCUCUCUUGCACCUAUCUUGGAUCGAUAAGCUUGUCGACAACAUCAAGGCCAUCUUUGUCAGUCUCUAUGGCGACCAACUCACGAAGCCCAACACCACGAUUGUCGAGUGCAUCAAAUUCGACGAGUACUUUGACCAGCAACUACACGAACUGGAGCAGACCGGCAGCAAGGCAGAUGCGCGGGCGUUUGGGGACGAAGUGCACUUGAGAGGCAUAGGAGAUGAACCACCGUUGCCGCCCAGUCUUACCGAAAAGCCGCAGACCAAAUCGUCAGCCGAUUCGACCCCUGUCGCGACACCCGACGCCUCGCGUCCGUCUACCCCAAACGCUCCCCAUAUUCUGGCAGCCAAGGCGGGGCCAGUAGCCAAAAUGUCAAGGCGAGCGAGGAAGGGCCAAACUAGUCACCCGUCGAUAGCCUCUUCAGGCGACGAGGGCCAAGGGCGGAAGGCGAAGCCAGCCAAGCCAGUCAAGCGUGGGAGGAAGUGGGAUGCAGAUGGGUUGGCGGACGAGAGCGAAGAUGUCCGGCUCGACUACUCCGUCUCAAAUAUGGCGAGCGAGAGUGAAGCUGAAGCCGGCGGCAGGCCAGGGGCGGUCGAGGAGGUGGACUCUUCGACUUGGGGUUCGAGGACGAAGGGGAAAUUCGUGCUCAGGGACCUAGGCGACGAGGUCCAUUCUAUUCUGGCAGAUGCUGACGCGAAGAAGAAUGCUGCGGCAAAAUCCGAGUCUUCAUCGGGUAUUGUGGGAUCGAGUCUGAGUGCGAUUGGUGGACUGUUUAGGAACGUUGUUGGUGGCAAGGUCUUGACCAAGCAGGAUCUGGAGAAGGCUAUGAAGGGUAUGGAGGAGCACCUACUCAAGAAGAACGUUGCGCGUGAGGCUGCUGUGCGGCUGUGCGAGGGUGUUGAGAAGGAGUUGAUCGGUGUGAAAACUGGUAGUUUUGAAAGCAUCAACACCAGGAUACAGAAAGCUAUGGAGGCCUCUUUAACGAAAAUGCUAACCCCCACCUCGUCCCUCGACCUCCUUCGCGAGAUUGACUCUGUCACCUCUCCUCCGGCAACGUCGCUGCGCAAAGCCCGGCCCUACGUCAUGUCUAUCGUCGGCGUCAACGGCGUGGGCAAAUCGACCAAUCUCUCCAAGAUUUGCUUCUUCCUACUACAGAACCAAUACAAAGUGCUCAUCGCGGCCGGCGACACCUUCCGGUCUGGCGCCGUCGAGCAGCUGGCGGUGCACGUACGCAACCUCAAGGAGCUUACGGCGCGCGAGGGCGGCCAGGUCGAGCUCUACCAGAAGGGUUACGGGAAGGACGCGGCCGCCGUGGCCAAGGAUGCCGUCGCAUACGCCGCUCAGGAGGGCUUUGACGUGGUGCUGAUUGACACCGCAGGGCGUAGGCACAACGACCAGCGCCUCAUGUCGUCGCUCGAGAAGUUUGCCAAAUUUGCCCAGCCCGAUAAAAUCCUGAUGGUUGGCGAGGCUCUUGUCGGUACCGACUCGGUAGCUCAGGCAAGGAACUUCAACGCUGCAUUUGGAUCCGGCCGGUCGUUGGAUGGUUUUAUCAUUUCAAAGUGCGACACGGUUGGGGAUAUGGUCGGGACGUUAGUCAGUAUUGUACACGCUACUAAUGUUCCGGUGUUGUUUGUCGGUGUCGGGCAACAUUAUUCGGACCUGAGGAAUUUCUCAGUCAAAUGGGCCGUUGAGAAGCUGUUGAGCAGCACAUAAUGAUAUGGUAGCUUGAGAAGUAUAGCCAGACUAUGUUGAGUAUCGACUAAGGUACUUUCUAUUGGACAGGGUGUGAGAGGGCGUAUUGGAAGGAUGCUCAGGCUCGAUACUCAGGCCUUUUCCCGAUAGCGACAUGCCAGCAUUGUGAUCCCCAAACCAAGUCGUGGGCAUGAGCUUUCAAAGGGUUUUGUUCAGGGGCUUGAGGACAAGGGGUACAUAAAAGGGUACAGGGUUAGGGUCUGAUAUAGAUAGGAGAUGCCUCGAUACCGCUUUAAGUAGGGUUUCCGCUCAAGACAGCCA